AUGUCGCGAAUCGUUCUCGUAUUCCUGUUACUCUCUCUGGCUUCUGUUAGCCUUGCGCGAACCUUUUCAAAAUGUGAACUAGUUUAUGAGCUCAGACGACAGGGUUUUCCUGAAUAUCAAAUGAAAGACUUGGUAUGUCUGAUUGGAGCCGAAAGUUCGUUUCAAACAAAUGUAAGAGGUGGUCCUAAUUGGGACGGCUCCUAUGACUGGGGCCUAUUUCAAAUAAACGACAGAUAUUGGUGCAAUGCUGGUGGUUGGCCCGGCAAAGGUUGCAAUGUAAAAUGCAAUGAUCUCCUGUCUAACGAUAUUACAGCAUCCGCAAAUUGCGCUAAAACUAUUAUGGGGUCUCAAGGUUUAGACGCCUGGUACGGCUGGGUCAAUCAUUGCAAAGGAAGGUGGCAACCGGAUCUUCAUUGUUAA